AUGGAGAGGAAGGCGCUCGUGGUUUCUGUGUCAGUGGGCUUCCUGGGCAUCCUGUCUGCCGCUCUGGGCUUCGCUGCCGAGGGGAAGAGGAUCAAGGUGAGCGGGAAGGGUGCGAAUCCCAUGGACGGGCGAAGGCUUUCUUCGCUCCUUUUACAGUCAUUCUGCGCCGCGUUGUUUCCAUUCGCGCUUAGGUGUCUGCUGGCUCCUUGUCAGCAUGGAUACCCAUGGGCGCUGCUUUCCUUUGUGCGUUGGCGUGGAUUUCUGACUACCUCAUGAAAUUCUCAUCUUCCGAUCCGAUUCCUUCCUUCCCGCAUUCGGCAUCGGAUGUGUUUCCUGGGGAUCAGUCUAUGUCUCAUAUGGAAAGACUUUCGCCCAAAUUUCCUUUCCAACUGUUCAUCCGUUCUUGCUAUAAUGAUGUCAUUGGCAGAUCGCGAUCGUGACGCCUUUCGCUAGGCUUGUAGCUCACUCGCCGGCAACCUACGCCUUCCCUCCUAUCGCACCCUGUUCUAAUCUGUACCACUACAGUCGAACCACUGAGGCAGAACUUUGAUGGCUGUUGUGUCUUCGCUGCAAAUUAAUGGAAGCAUGUCUAUCCAAGGGCUUUGAGCGGCGCGUUAGUAGACGCAUUCUUCUUGCUGAACUUGGUGGAUCUUAAUACUGAUCCAAUACCAUUGCUCGUACAUCUUGAGACUCAUGGGGGCAUCCCAAUCCAGAUAACGCUUGGCUGCCUCUGUACUGUCACCAAAUCUGUAAUUAUGUGGGGAUGUUUCUGAUGUUGAACCAGUAUCCGCCCAGAAGAAGGAAAAAAACGAGAAAAAUAGAACAAAAGAGUGAAGAAAAAGAGAAAAAGAAAAGUAGUGUGAGAUUUGCAUAAGCUGUAGACUGCAUCACAUAAUUGGUCUCCAUGAACACCUCCCGUUCAAAGUCGGCCCAUUUGAGCUUGAUACUGUUCGAUUCUGCUGCGUGCGCCCAACUCGGAUCGUUUACAAUGAUUAGGAAGUACCCAUUAGUCAUAAAUGUAUAGAAUGGUAUAAAAUAUCAAUCGCGUUUAUAUUGUGAACUGGGAGUUGGUCAUGGCUGUUCAAGCUGAGAAUCAUCUGUGCUUCAUUUAGAUGUUGUAUUGUGGAUAUUGAGAAGAGGUAAUGUUCUCAUUGGCUGAGAUAAUUAGUUGACUUUUUCUUUUCUUUUCAGGCCUCUGAUGUGCAGGUGACGACACGGGGUGAAUGCGUAUAUCCAAAGAGCCUAGCUUUAUCCCUUGGACUGGGAUCAGUGAUUGCACUGAUCAUAGCCCAAGCAAUCAUUAAUUCAGUGGCUGGUUGCAUUUGCUGCAAGCAACGCCCACAUGCCUCCGGCACAAAUUGGACAAUAGGAUUGAUCUCAUUUAUUUUUUCAUGGUAAACCCUUUGACUAGACCAUGACAUUAAGAUGCUCUGAUAUUUUCAAUUGUUUCAUCUGCACGUGCGAUAGAUAAAAUUUAUGGUUCUCAAAAUGUCCUCGGUCUACAGUGCAGCACGCUUUCAUUUCAAUGCCGCCAACUAGUUUCAGAGAUUUUUCUUCUAUACAAGCCAACAGAUUGUCCUGCCCUUCCUUUUUUAGGGGAGAGACAGGCGUUGACCUAAUAAAAAUUAGUUGCCCUGCCCUUCUCUUGUUUCUUACUCAUUCUGGUUCCCAUUCUGACUCUUUCUUGGAUCAGCUGGUCCCUUACAGAGGAAUUCUACUCUUGAUGGUUGGAUUGUGCCCAUUUCUAGCAAAACCAUGUACUCUAUUUGGCCUAAAACAAUCAUUGGAUUUUAAUAGCCACUUUAUGACUACUCCCUUCGGUACCCUGCAACUCUGUUUAUUCAUGUAUUCUGUCCAAAUAUCCAUCUUCAUAGUUUUAUCGCUUACUUUCUGCAUUGAUAAUUUCUUAUGGUGUUUUUCAUUCAUCAUGAACGAAUGUGAUGCAUUGAUAAUUUCUUAUGGUGUACUUGCAUAAACCCCGUUGCAAAACUGCUCAGCAAGAGAGAUUGCAAAUAAUUUUACCCAACAUAUUUCCUUUACUUAUCUAAAUGUUCUUCUAUGCACGGCUCGAGCGGCCAACUGAGCUGAGCCCGUCAAAGAAAGGAAGAACAAGUAUGGCCACAUUGAAGAAUUGGAACGAUCACUUCAAAUUAUUUUGACGACGAAUAAAAAUGGAGGAACCAAAUUUUAUGAGCGUACUAGACUGAUUUUCUGUUUGAAUUCUUCAUCAGGCCACCCUUUCGAUUAAUUAGCUCAUGGGUUUAAUUAGCUCAUGGGUUUAGAUUAAUGAAUAAUUAGCAUCAGGCCAAUAAUGCGUUUAAAUGUGAUUGACUAUGAUUAAGUUUGGUAAAUUUUACUCAGAUUGUUCUCAUUCAAGUGCUUCACUUUGUCAGCCAGGUAUAUUUUUGAAUGAUGCGUCAAGAAUAACUUGCUUCACUUUAUGAUUAUGCAUAUAGACCCAAAUUGCUACAAAACCUUCAUAAUCGUUCGUAUUUUCCUCGAAUAAUUCUAAACUUAGUGAGCCAACUUACCAUAACAUGAACAUAUCAUCACUCCCAUCAUCUCCGUUGACCGAGAUUGAGGAUUCCACUUGUGGAAAAAUAAAACAAUGAAGCACAGUCCCCACAUUUUUUAAGCUCAUAAUCGAGAAAUCUUACCUGUUGGGUACCCUUUCCAUGCAGGAUCACCUUCAUAGUCGCCUUCCUCCUGCUGCUGACUGGUGCCGCCCUCAACGACCAGCGGGGCGUGGAGAGGACGUACUUUGGCAACUACUGCUAUGUCGUCAAGCCUGGGGUCUUCUCGGGCGGGGCUGUGCUGUCCCUUAUCAGCGUCUCCCUGGGGGUGCUCUACUACCUCGCCAUAGCAUCGUCUAAGCAGCUGGAAGGUCGGGGGGGAGCCCAGAUAAACCAGGGAAUCGCCAUGGGCAACCCUCAGAUCCCACCCCAGAGUUCGCAGCCGGUCUUCGUCCACGAGGAUACCUACAACAGGCAGCAGUUUCCCUAG